AUGAAGCAGCCACCCUCCAGCUCCACAGCCCCUCUUACUGGCACGCACACCUCCUAUGCGGAGGCUGCCAAGAGGGUCAGAGUGGCGGUGUUACCUGCGGAGUUCCCACAGGUGCACUUGAGCCACGAUGAACUUUCCGAGUUGGAGGAGGCCAUCAUGGACGACAUAAUCACGUCGGCAUGGGACACGGCAGUUGCAUUUAGGGGCAUCCACUUCAGGGUAGGAUACCUCAUAAUCGACUGCCUGGAUCAGGAUUCAGUGGACUGGCUGAGGGCCGUUGUGCCCAUGCUCAGAACGUGGAAGGGCGUGCCCCUAGAUACCAGGGUGAGAGAAGACAUCCCCGCGGCAUUCAAUGUCAUGGUCUUGUGCCCCAGAAGCGCGGAAAGAAGUAAUGAGGAACUCCUCAUGAUGCUUGGGCGCCAGAACAGGCUGGAGACAGAUGCCUGGAAGGUGGUCUCUCGGAAGAACGACGGAGGCGGGGCACUCCUAGUCAUCGGGAUCGACCAGCUCACACGAGACGAGAUUGUAGCUAGAGGGCACCAGCUCAACUUUAGGUUCGGUACCGUCUCGGUGAGUGGGCUGAGAAAGGCGGCAAAGGUGGCCGCAGCAGAAGGACCGCCCUCUGGUCCCCCAGAUGGCAAAGUGGAGGUCAAGGAAUCUCUCGACGAGCCACAGGAGCCUAUGGGUACAGAGGAGGACCCUAGCGCCGCUAUUGAUGUGAGGAGUGAGGAUGAGGAGCAUCCUACGCCCUCCCAGGAGUCGACACAUGCGUCUCUCCUGGACUAUAACGACGAAAUGGAGGCCGACGUCACUCUGACGGAUGGCAGUGAAAGGGAACACCCGCCCCCUUCACCAAAGAUGGAGCAUCCGCUCCAGUGA